AUUUGGACCUUCUAUUAAAAACCCCAAAGAUGUGAAUUUCAUUUAUUAUGCUGUAUAAAACGUGCCGACCAUCCAAUAUGAGAACCCAAGAUAUAAACUAUAUAAAACAGUUGUUCACCAUAAACCCCUAAAAUUCUUUGAUGUAUAUGUUUUGCCGAUAUUUAUUUAGGGGUUGAACAUUUUUAAUUUGAAAAAAUCGAUGCAAAAUCAAUUCUCUAUGAGGUUAUAACUCUUUUCAGCGUCUUCCAUCAUUGUUAGAUUAUUCCGUAUUCCAACCAAGACAGCCGUGCCCUCACCCUUAUCAAUCGCGAUAUCCAAGAUUCUCAACUCGUGGAAGGUUUAACCGACAAUAUCCGCAACGUACUGCAGAAAACCAACUGGCAUGGACAAGAUUUCCAAGACAUAGCAGGCAAUCAACGUUAAACAAUCAAUUGGCAUGGACAAGAAAUCCUCAGGCAAACAUUGAAGCAAGUAAGGAGGAUAAUCAGUCAUUAACUUCAGUAGGAGGUGAAAAGAAAUUAAUGGAAGACGACGAAACAUGGUCGCAAAUUACCGAACUACUAGAUCUUGCUCAAGGAGAAACAACAAAAACUAAUUCUAUUGCUGAGCCACUAAAUAACCCUAAUGAUUCGGAAAAAGAAUUGCUAGUGUCACUCCUAGAACUUCCUGAUAGCCAGGAAAUUAAAAAUAUGUCAAGAAUUACUCAAAAAAACGAAUUAUUUGGAUCAGAUUCCUCUGACGAGGAGGAAUCUAUUGCGGCGGUUCAGCAACAUAUUAAAAAUUUUCAAAUGGACAAAAAGUCUAACUUUCUUGAUUGUGGCAGAUCUACUCCGAAACCCAAUAGUGAUAAAUUACCUACCAAAAAAAGUGACAAAUCUACUCCGAGUAAUAAAUUGCCUGCCAAAGAUAAUGACAAAUCUAUUACUAGCAGGGAUAAAUUGCCCAAGGAAAAUCCGAGUAACCCAAAGACAAAUGGACAAUUGAAGGAUCUCAGUCAGUCUAAGUCGAAACAAUCCGAUAAGAAAAUUAUUAUCAAAUUAUCCCAGGCAACUUCUAGCACGCCGAUUAAAUGGCGAAUUCCUUUAAAGUCGGCUAAAGAUGCAAGUCAAUCCAAAUCUGUUGCUUUGUCAUCUAAGGACAAGUCUUCAAAAGAUUCCACUUUUUCGUCUAAUAAUAAAAAAUCUGUUGCUUUGUCACAAAAGGACAAAGAUGCAAAAUCAUCUACGAAAAAAAAUCAGUCCAAUGGUGCAACAACUUCGUCAAACAAGGAAAAAACUACUAAUUCUACAAAAAAAAGAAGCAGCCCGGUUGAGAAAGAUGAAGGGAACAAAAAAAUCCCGAAAUUGGUUCUAAAACCUCGAAAACGCUUGUUGUCAACUGACAAAAACCGAAAUCUCGCAUCGUAUUACUACAAAAAACGAAAAUCUACAGACAAUAAGAGUGAACCUUCAAAGGUCCGCAAAUUACAUUUCAAACGAAUAUAUCCUCCGUUGAGUUUUAGCCGCGUAACCGAAAUCCCGAGUAGCCAGGAAGAAAUGUGUAGCCCUUUAUUUCGAAACGAUUUUUUAGAGUUUGCCUCCUGGCAAACACAAGAACUCUAUUUGCAUCGAGCUUCAGUUUCCCAUCCCCUCCAAAUAUUCAACGACUCUGAAAUUGAAAAAAAUAUUGAUCCGGACUCGGUCGAGGUAAAAAGGGAAAAUCUUAAAAGCGAAAUUGAUGAUGAUAUUCAAUAUGUAAGUACGUAUCCAAAUCCAGAUGCCUCAAGUUCAACCAAAAAUAUAAAGACUGACCCAAUAGAUGUUGCCAAUAUUAUAAAUAUUGAUGAUGAUGACAAUGUUGCAUCAAGAAAUAUGUCAAUAAAGACAGACCAAUCAAUCGUCAUUGACGUUAACGCAGUUGCAAACAACACUGAUAAUAAAAACAUUACUAAAGAAGAAAUUGAAUACAUGGUUAAGACAAUUGCAGAUACAGUUUUGCAUAAGGUGUUCGAGAAUCGACGCCCUAGUACAGAUGAUGUCAUAGUGCCAAAACCACCACCACCUCCACCUCCAAUGCCAAAUAUACCAACUUUUAGGCCAAGAUUCUCAGUAAAAUCCGCCUCAAACUUGUUUCCAAUCUGGAAACCGGCACUUGGCAGACUGACAAGACCGAGUUGUUUUUUACGAAAAACGCCAUCUUUAUUGUUAAGAGCAACUUCUCAACAAAAAAGCAAUCCAGUUACUACUCUAGUGGCACCAACAAUAUCACAUCAGAAUCAAAAUGAAAAUAUAAUGGCAUCUACAAUUUACAAUAUACCAAGUGCUGAUUUUACAAAACUAGUCGAACUAUUCGCUUCGUAUAUAAGCCAAAUGCCGCAAAGUAGCGGUCGUUCCAAUUUGGCCAACCAAUCAUGGAAAUCAAAAGACUGUCAGCUUUCAAUCAGACUGUGGGAGGACCUUAACCGUUUACCAAUAAAAAACCUAACAAACCUAGACGAGGCUGUUGCCUAUAUCAUAGAAAAAGUAUACGAAAUUCUACGUACAUCUUCAAACAUUUUAAAUCAAUUUACAAGUAAAGACCUGCUAUUUAAAUCAAUGUACCGUUUAUUUAGAGCUGACUUAAACAUCUAUGACUCAAUACCAAUAACAAAAACAUUAAAAGACCGCUGCGUUGCCGAAUUAUACAUAGCAAAAGGCAAAGAUAUGAUGAAAAAUUUACAAGGAACAUUCACAAAUGACAACUUAUCAAUAUUAAAACGGCAAAUAGAAUUUCACAAUUCCACAAACCUCUGGAUUUGGAACUAUCAAAAUCAACAAAACCGUGAAGUAACUAUUAGGGCUCCGUUAUAUGUGCACCCCAAUGCGGCUCGGCCACAACAAUAUACAAGCCCAGUGAGUUUGAAUGCAACUGAUCAACAAGUUGAAGAUGAUCCGUUUUUUGACAGCUUUUUGACGGAUGAUGCAACGAGGAUUGAUAAUUUUAUAUUUGCUGAGCCGGUGGAGCCUAAUGAACGGGAUGGAGAUAAUAAUGUAAGUAUUUAUGAUGAUUUAUGCAUUAAAGUUUUUUAUUCAAAUUAUUAA